AUGACUCUUACGUUUGACGAGGCCGCUGAAAAAGUGAGGAAACUAAAGAAGACUCCACCAGAUGAACAGAUGCUCGAGCUGUAUUCGCUUUACAAGCAGUCCACCAUGGGUGACAAUCCGAAUGCGAAUCCUCCUUCGACUCUCGAUGUGAAAGGGAAACAAAAGUUCAAUGCUUGGAAGUCUAGGAAAGGAAUGAGCAAGGAAGAUGCAAAGAAAGCUUACAUUGCGGCAGCUGAGAAAGCUAUCGCCUCUAUUGGUUGCAAUCCAUAA